AUGAAGACGCUUGAGCAUCCCUGGUCAAUUACUUUCACCGAGCAAGAUCUUCAACGAAUCCAAACACCCCAUAGCGACGCUUUGGUGGUCACGGUGCAAAUCUCAACUCACUCCGUCAAAAGGGUGCUUGUAGACCAAGGAAGCUCGAUGGAAGUAAUGUACUUAUCCCUCUUCAAGGAACUCAGAAUCCCAGAAUCAUGCCUUCUCCCAGCAGAAGUUCCCUCAAUUGGAUUCAGUGGAACUCCUGUUUGGCCUAUCGGUAGGAUCACCCUCCCCGUUGUUACUGGCUCGGUUGUUUCUAAUCUAGAGUUCGUCGUCGUGGACGCCCCGAGUCCAUACAACGUAAUCCUCGGCCGAAAUUGGCUCCAUUCAAUAAAAGCCGUCGCGUCAACCUACCACCAGGUGGUCAGAUACAUCGGCGCUCAUGGCAAACAAGAAGAUCUGUUGGGAGACCAAUUACAGGCCAGACAAUGUUAUGUCUCGGCCGUCGGAAAGACAUCAAGCUCCAAACGAGUACAUUGGGUUGAAGUCCCGGACAAACCGAUUCUCGAAGACGUCGGAUCUCUUCCUGAAGAAAAUCCAUUGAAGACCUUAUCAAAUUCCCACUCAACGAGGAUGCAUCACGAUAUUUCAUGA